CUCAUCUCAUAGAAUGUCUACUAUUGAACUUCAUGCUUAUAUUUUACCAUUAUUACAUGCGGCAAAAUAUCCAGCCAACCAAGUAUGUGGUUUAUUACUUGGUAAAGUUGAAAAAGAUAGUAUCACCCAUGUCACCACCGCUCUUCCUCUUUUUCAUCACUGGACAACAUUGACUCCCAUGUUAGAUAUGGCUUUACAACAAGCCGAACUGUAUGCCAAAAAGAAACAAUUACAGAUCAUUGGAUGGUAUCAAGCAAACGAACGCGUGGAUGAUGUAUCUCUUCAUGACAAUGCUAUCAAGGUGGCCGAUGCUAUUCGCCAACGUUCCAAAACAUCAAGAAUCUUUAUUGUCAAUAAUGAAAAGCUUAGCUCCUUAGAGAAAGCUACAGAGGCAUAUGUGAUAUAUGAUUAUCAAGAACAGCAAUGGAAGGCAAGCAAGGAUAUUCAGGAUCAAGUUAAACAGGAUUAUUUACCCAAGCUUCGUGGUCUCUUGAGUGCGUGUGGAUACCAGCGUAUAAUAGAUUUAGAUGAACAUUUAGAAGAUGUAUCAUUAGAUUGGUUAAGCAUGACUGAAUUGAAGUUGUAGUAUAAUUUAUGAAUUUUUGAACAAUACUGAAUAAAAUAAAAAAUAAUGAAAAACAAA